AUGCCGAACCACUCCAGAACUAAAGAUGCAGACGCGGGAGUGAAGCGGCAGGAGCCGAGAUUCGUCUGGUUCUGGUCAGUACCAACCGCCGUCACCUUUUUCCUAAAAUUCAUCGAAUCUAUUUGUAGUAUUGGAUAUAAGCUGACACCCUCGAUAGUUGCUGGUGCGAGUCGGUUCGCCACAACGACGAGCUCCCUUUACAACACUCCAAUCCCAGUUCCGCCCUCUUCUGCCUCCGUACGGACGGCGGAGUCUGCGGACAUCAACGAUGCUCGAACUGCAUCAAGGCUACGGUUUAGAAGGAAUGGAUUAUACAUGGUUUUCUCGGACUUGACCUUGGAGACGAUAGAGGCUUAG